AUGUAUACAGGGCGAAGUCCGAACUCCCAACUUGUGGGUCGCAAGGUCGGGGUAGAGGACUCGGGUCGAUUCGGGUUGGGGAAUGCCGGCGAGUGUUGCGCGAUAAAAGAAUCUCUCACUGGAAAUAUGGGACACGAUAAUAUACCGACAACGGUAUCCCGGAGAGUGGUCGAUGGGAAACGGUCGUUGGACGGAGGAGUCGGUGUCGGUGGAGGUGUUGGCGGCGUCGGGGUGAGUACGUGA